UCGUUGUGUCGUUCGGUUAGAGAAAGGAAAGCAAUGCGCUCGGCUUGAGUGACCCCAGUUGCCAAGCCAACGGACGCGGGAAACGGGUCCAGGGUUUCCGCUACACCAGCAGCCAGGCAAUGCGGUUGGCGUCGUAGGGUGAUCGGCAACCCUCCCAGGAUAUAGCAGCUUGCGGCAACUCGACCACUUAACAAGGGUACACGCGUCCCGUAUCGUCUGUGCCAGGCGAAGACGAAACAGAAAGUUGGCUCUAUUUGAGUUGCUUCUUGUAUUCGUUCGGUAAAGUCCGAGGCUAGUGAAAUUGAAAAGGAUUUUGCAAGCUUGUGAAGCAGUGGUAGUGAGCGGUUGGUAGCGCAAGUAAAAAAUACGACAAAAACACACACCAUGUGGUUGCGCUCGUUCAUUUCCACCAAACUCCUUGCCGGUACUGCAAUGGAGCUACGUAGGCAUCAGCCAAAGCGUGAGCAUUGCAUCGUGUCAGUUACUGUUCCUGUUAGUGUGGAGGUAUAAAAGAAGUUUUACCAAAGUGUGUUGCGGCAUGUUUAGGCGGGAAUGAUUGCAUCCUGAAGCAGAGUGCAUAAUAUGCUGGAAACGGUGCAAAACGCAUAAUGCAAUUAAGAAAAUCAAAUGCUCAUACUGUGUAAUGUGCGAAAAUGUAAGCUCUUUCGAUAAGUUAGUAAAGUGAAUCUAAUGCACGAUUGUGUGAAAUUAGGCAAGGUCUGUGCUAAAGUAUUUGCAAGCUAAAUAUAGCAAAUAAAUGAAACCCUUGCCAGUAUGCAAAGUUAAUGUUUUCGGCUUGGGCACAUCGAUCAUUACUAGUGUCCGGUAAAGUGACAUCACACGAUUCGAAUCAUUGUGUAUCUGUUAGGUGCAUUGCCUUGGAACGUUCGCGUGGAAGCGGACCCACCGAGGAAAACACCUUCCGCUUUCGGUUCCCCUUGUCCACCAGACGAAAUUUGCAGUGAAAAAUAAGUGAAGCAAGAAGUGUGUGCAGUAGUGUUUGCGUGUAUGUAAAUGUGUAUGUGCUAGUGGGAGAAUAUAGUACAUGAUUGCAGUUUCCGUGAACGUGUACGUGUGUGAGUGUAUGUGUGCUUGUACAAGUGAACGUGUUAGUAAAACGGUGUAUCCCACAUUCAUCCCAAAUACUGCUUGCCAGUAAGUACAAUGCAGGUGGAUGCACAAUGUUGUUUCGUGCUGAUUGCAAUACCAGCAGAGGGAAACGAUUGGAAUGUGUGCAGUGUGUGAAUAUGGCCAGUUGAAGCCUAAACCUUUGAUGACGUAUGACCGAGAUGCACGAUUGUAUCGAGUGUGAUAUUAUUUAGAGUGUGCUCACCAGUGAGCUGGUGAAAGAAUAAGAUAAAAGAUUGGAGAAUAAUCUAAAGGAAUUUUUACACUGAAAGUGACGGAAUAAGCAUGGCAUGUACCAACAGGAUGUGGAAUAACCGAGCAUCGCUAAUGUUGUUUUUCUUCGUUUUAUGGAUAAGCGGGGAACUGACAGCGGCUUUCGAUUCUCAUCUUCGGGGGCCGUCAUUUGUGAUGGAACCACCGUCGCGCCUCGAGUUCUCCAACUCUUCCGGUGGCUGGCUGGACUGUUCUGCCUCAGGAAGUCCACAGCCCUCUAUCGACUGGCUAUCGGUGGAUGGGACAUCCGUCGGUGAUGUCGGAGGUGUUCGGCGAGUUCUGCGGAACGGGACACUAGUACUGCUGCCGUUUUCCGCCACUGCCUACCGGCAAGACAUCCAUAGUACAAUCUAUCGAUGCGUAGCGUCGAACACGGUCGGACGGGUCAUCUCACGCGAUGUGCAGGUCCGAGCAGUGGUUGCUCAAGCAUACAAAGUUGACGUUGAGGUGUUGGCAGCUUCCCGCGGCUGUACCGCGAUCCUGCGUUGUGUAGUGCCUAAUUUUGUUAAGGAGUUAGUACGGGUUGUCUCCUGGGUGCAGGAGCCGGCGUUUUACAUUUAUCCGUCGCUGCAAGGAGAUGGCAAGUACCACCUGCUACCGACGGGAGAGCUGCUGAUACACAAUUUAGAGUAUAACGAUCGCUACCCAUCCUACCGGUGUCGGACGAUGCAUAAACUCACGAGGCAGGUUGUCACAAGCAAUUCGGCUAAGAUACGGAUGAACGAACAACGAGGAAUAGUUUCGCCAAGUGUCGUCGAGCAUACGUCGCACGUCGCCGUGUCACAGGACGAAGGAGCUGUGCUGCUGUGUGUCGCUCAAGGUUGUCCAUCGCCAGAGUACCGAUGGUACACACACAACGGUCCCGAACCGAUUCCCGUAUCCUCCGGACCUCGGAUACGAUUGCUCGGUCCGGUGCUGGCAAUCGAAGCCGUCACCGCCGAGGACGGUGGAGUUUACAAAUGUUCUGCGUCGAAUGCCGGCGGUGAAGCGAGUGCCGAUCUGCGACUAACCGUGUCCACGCCGAUUCACGUGGAAAUCACUCCAAAUGUGCUCAGUGUACACAUGGGUGGUACGGCGGAGUUUCGCUGCCUGGUCACUGCCAACGGAAUGUCGGCGGGCCCGCAGCACAUAACCUGGUUUAAAGAUGGCCGCCAGCUGCCCAGUUCCGGGCGUGUGGGCGAUACACUGCAGGUGACCGGAGUGACGCGCGAAGACAAGGGCAUGUAUCAGUGUGUAGUGCGUCGCCAGGAAGGGGAUUCCUUCCAAGCAUCAGCCGAAUUGCAACUAGGAGACGCACCCCCGUCAUUGGUGUAUAGCUUCAUCGAACAAACGCUGCAGCCUGGACCAGCUGUUUCGCUCAAAUGUUCGGCACAAGGCAACCCGACGCCACAAAUCGCCUGGACGCUGGAUGGAUUUCCGCUACCAACAAACGGCAGGUUCAUGAUUGGCCAGUAUGUAACCGUACACGGGGACGUCAUCAGUCACGUAAAUAUCAGCCACGUGAUGGUGGAAGACGGCGGCGAAUACUCGUGUGCCGCGGAAAACCGUGCCGGAAAGACAUCUCAUUCCGCAAGGCUCAACAUUUACGGAUUACCGUACAUUCGCCUAAUACCGAAAGUCACCGCCGUAGCCGGGCAUACCUUAUACCUGAAGUGCCCGGUAGCGGGCUAUCCGAUCGAGGAAAUUCACUGGGAGCGGGGCGGCCGCGAGCUGCCGGAGGAUAUGCGCCAGAAGGUGCAGUCAGACGGCACGCUCGAGAUCAAGGAGGUGCAGAAAUCACUCGACUCCGGUGUCUACACGUGCUGGGCACGGAACAAACAGGGGCACAGUGCGCGACGCAGCGGCGAAGUAGCGGUCAUAGUGCCGCCUAAGUUGAACCCGUUCCACUCGUCCAUCCUUUCGCUGAACGUUGGCGAUCGGGCUUCGAUCACCUGUUCCGUCAUCAAGGGCGACAUACCGCUCACCAUCACCUGGCGCAAGGACGGUCGUCCGAUCGAUCACCAGCGCAUGUCCGUGACACAGGUCGACCAGUACAACUCCAUCCUGCUGAUCGAGAAUCUGACCGCCGAUCAUACCGGCAACUAUUCAUGCGUUGUACGCAACACUGCCGCCGAAACGGAAGGCCAUCAGUCGCUGCUGGUUAAUGUUCCACCCCGUUGGGUAGUCGAGCCGACGGACGUGAGUGUCGAACGGAACCGUCACAUUAUGCUUCACUGCCAGGCUCAGGGAGUACCGGUACCGACGAUUCUUUGGAAGAAAGCAACAGGAAGUAAAUCCGGUGACUACGAAGAGGUGCGGGAGCGACCGUACACGAAGCUACUGGCGAACGGGUCGCUAUUGCUGCAGCACGUCAAGGAAGACAGAGAAGGAUUUUACCUUUGCCAGGCAAACAACGGCAUUGGUACCGGAAUCGGGAAAGUUAUACAGCUUAAAGUGAACUCCUCUCCCUACUUUGCUGGACAAUCCAAGAUGGUCACGGUGAAGAAGGGCGACACAGCCAUCAUGCAGUGUGAGGUGAAGGGUGACAAACCGAUAAAUGUUGUUUGGCUGCGCAAUGGAAAACACGAGCUCAACCCAUCCACGAAUUAUCGCGUCUCGAUUAAGCAAGACGCUACGCCGGAGGGCAUCUCGGCCGAGGUGCAAAUAUCGAACGUAGAUAGCAGCGACAGUGGAGCAUACUUCUGCCAGGCCAGCAAUCUGUACGGGCGAGAUCAGCAGCUGGUUCAGCUACAGGUACAAGAGCCACCCCAACCACCGUCCUCGCUUGAGGCCGCUACGGUUUCGAGCAGAGUGGUGAACCUAAAGUGGCAGCCGCGCGGUGGUGACGCGGCAGAAGUUUCCAAGUACAUCGUUGAGUAUCGCGAGAUUGACCGACAGUGGCAGUACAUCGAGAUAUCUGAUCCGCCCGCCUAUUCAACUAUCAUCGAGAACCUAAAACCAGCGACCAACUAUGUGUUCAGAAUAAUUGCCGAGGGUCCAGCUGGUCGGAGCUCGCCGAGUCAGGAAUUGUUCAUUAAAACCGAUCCGCAACGACCGGCCGGACCACCGCUCAAUCUCGGCGCUCGACCAAUUUCUUCCACCGAGAUACUGAUCACCUGGAUGCCACCGUCGUACGAGCUGCGGCACGGUGAAAUACAGGGCUACAACAUCGGUUACCGUUCGAUGCAUGCCACGACAAACAGUUACAACUUCACCUCUAUCUCGGGCGAUGGGGAGGAUGGCACUGGAGAGUUACUGCUGGGUAAUUUGGCCAAGUACACGCGGUACACGAUCGUUGCGCAAGCGUUCAAUCAAGUCGGACCGGGACCUCUGUCCGAACCGGUCACCGCACAAACGAUGGAAGACGUUCCAAGCAAACCGCCGGAAGACAUUCGCUGUAUGGCGCAGAGCUCCACAUCGAUCCAGGUGUCUUGGCAGCCACCGCAAGCGCACCACACGAACGGGCUUCUGCAGGGGUACAAGGUGUUCUACGAGUGUGCUACCGAAGAUGCGAUCAGCAGUGGCGAGAUGGAGACGCGCAAGACCACCUCCUUAACGAUACACCUGUCCAACCUGCGCAAGUUCUCCAACUACAGCAUUCAAGUGUUGGCGUACACGCGCAUGGGUGACGGUGUGAUCUCUCCACCCUCCUUCUGUCACACCGACGAAGAUGCGCCCGAGGCACCGGCCGAUAUCAAAAUUGCCAUCAGCUCACCAUCGUCGCUGUACGUGUCGUGGCUUCCACCGCGAGACCCAAAUGGCAUCAUAACCAAGUACAACCUCUACAUGCGGGCUGUUAACGGAAGGGAGGAGCUGAACAACGACAAGCGAAACCUUCAAGCGCACCAGCACCACUUCGAAGCGAAGCAGCUACAAAGCCACACCGAGUACCAGUUCUGGGUGUCCGCUUCCACCCGGGUCGGUGAGGGUAAAAGCUCACGCGUCGUUUCACAGCUCACGUCAAACCGCGUACCGGCAAAGAUCGUCUCAUUCGGUGGGCUCACCAUUCGACCGUGGAAAUCGUCCGCCUCCCUAAACUGCAUGGCAGUGGGACAACCGAGGCGCGAGUGGUUCAAGGGUGACACAUUGCUACGUCCCGGUACGCAACAUAACAUUCAGCUGCUCGAUUCAGGCGAGAUUAUCGUGACAAUGUUGCAAACAAGCGACACCGGUAAUUACACCUGCCAGGUUGACAAUGGUAUCGGUACGGAUCGGCUUACGCACAAUCUGCUAGUACAAGUUCCUCCCGGGCCGCCGGUACUGUACGUCACCAGUGCGACUUCCAGCAGCAUUCUACUGCACUGGAAGAUUGGAUCGACGGGCAACGCACCGAUCACGGCGUUCUCGCUCCAUUACCGGCGAGUACACGGAAAUCUCGAGGAGAUGCAACUGUCGCGCCAUGCAUCCAGCCAUGAUCUGAAGGGCCUGUUCUGUGGCAGUACCUAUCAGGUAUACCUGGUGGCACACAACAAGAUCGGAUCGUCCUCCGCCAGCACCACACUAAACGUCAAAACUCAAGGGCAACCUCCGGGCAUUCCACCCGACUCCGUACUGAUAGCGCCAAAUUCAACGUCCGUGGUGCUACGACUGAAUGGGUGGCCGGACAACGGUUGUCCCAUUAUGUACUUCGUGCUGCAGUACCGAUCCGUAUCGACAGGGCUGGAUGACGAGUGGCAUCUGGUGUCGAAUGCGCUCAAGCCGCAGCGACGCUUCACCCCCGGACUGUUGCCAUCCACGAUGUACCGGCUCAAGAUGGAGGCGCACAAUGUAGCCGGUUCGACCAAUGCCGAGUAUACGUUCUGGACGCUCACAAAAGACGGAGACCCACCACCACCAGAACUAGUACAAAGAGGAUAUCGUUCUCAAAUUUUUUAUAACAAUAUUCAACUUCUGAUACCGAUCAUCAUCACCAUCACCGCCACAAUCAUUUGCAUUGCUUUCACAGUGGUUUGUUACAAAUACCGCCAAAGAGGCCGUCAGCGAAAAGACACAAUGGAAAGCCAGCAAACUACUGAUGCACAGCGGGAUCGAUAUUACGCAACAAUUCAUAAGGUAGCACUGCAGGCCGGUGACAAAAUACCUGGUAAGUAUGAACUUUCGUGACGGAAAAUGAACUUU